AUGUCAAUUUUUAAUAAAAUUAAAAAAUUUAUUAAAGAUGAAGAUGAAGACGAAGAAGAUAUUUUCAAAAAACCAGCAACUCCAAAUAAAACCCCAAACAAACAAGACAUCAACGAAUUUGGAAAAAAUAUUUUUAUAAAUGGUAUUAAUGGGACAAAAAGUGCAUUAGCCUUUGAUAAUGUUUUGAAUUUAUGUGCAAUUGGGUUUAAUGAUGGUUCUUUUAAAAUAUUUGGUAAAAAUGGUUAUGAAAUUCCUUUAAAAGCUCAUACAAAAUCAAUGAUUAAAAAGAUUUACUUUAUAAUAAAUUCACCAUUCAUUAUAAUUGUUACGGAUUCAUCAAUUGAAAAAUGGGAUUAUGAUAGAAUGAAAUUAAAUAAUAUAUUAUUAUAUAAGACUAGAAUUACAUCAAUAUGUCAAUCCAAUGGAUUAAAGCAUUUAUUCUUUUCAACUGAGGAUUCAAUGAUUCAAACUUAUAAUAUACAUAAUAACUUUUUAUCAUCAUACCAACUUUAUGAUUAUGAACAUAAUGGUCAAACUUCACAGCAGCAACAACCUGAAUUUGACGUUAAAUGUAAUGAAUCAAUAGCAUUACCAUCAUGUUUAAAAGUUAAUCCAAUCAAUGCAAAUCAAUUAUUAGUUGGUUAUAACAAUGGUUUAAUAUUAAUAUUUAAUUUAGAAUCUAAAAAAAUUGAAAAACGAAUUGAAUCAUUCAUUAAAUGUGGUUAUUGUACAUCGAUUUGUUGGUCUAGAAAUGGUUCAAAAUUUGUAGCAGGCUUUUUAAAUGGUGAAAUUCAUUUAAUAAAAUAUUCAACUCAAAAUUCAACUUCAAUUUUAAUUUAUAAAUCACAACAACAACAACAAUCUCAACAAUCUCAACAAUCACAACAACAACAAUAUUAUCCAAUUGAUCAAUUAGAAAUAUUAUAUACCAAUAAUAAGAAAUUAAUAUUAUUUAAAGGUGUAAAUAAUAUUGAUAAUAUAAAAUCAUUAAUACUUAUUAAAGGUGAUAAUUUUAAGAAUGUAAAUCAUUUAUCAUCAGUUCAAGUAUUUUCAAAUUUACUAUCAUACUGUCCAAUUACCACAUUACCUUACUAUAAUAAUAAUGGUUUUGUUGAAUCUUUAUUAUUAAUUGAAUCAAAUGGUUCAAAUAGAUUACUUGAAUUAAAAAUUGAUCAAAAAACAUUAUUCUUUUCAAAUCCAAUAUCAUGUGAUGAAAUUAAUUUAAAAUCAUUCAGUUGUAAUAGUAGUAAUAAUAAAGUUAAAUUAAUGAAAAGUUAUCAAUGUGAUUCAAAAACCAUUGAUUUAAUUUAUCAAUUAUUUGAAUCAAAUAAUAAUAUGAAAAGUUCAAUUAAUGGUGGUCCAGAAACUUUAACAUUAAAUAAAUUACCAGGUGUAUCAUCAUUACCAUUUCAACAAUUAAUGAUAACUGUUCAUUAUGAUAAUACUAUAGAAUUUUGGAAUUCAAGUGAUCCAAAGAAUAUUUUAUACCUUGGAACUUUAAAUAUAAAUAAUAAUAAUAAUAAUAAUUCAGUAACAACAACAACAAAAACAAUUGAAAUAAUUACAAUUUCAUUCUCAGUAUCAAAUUUAUUAUUAACAAUCUCCACAAGUAGUUCAGAAUUAUUAAUUUAUCAUAUUUCUGAUUUUUCAAAAAGAAUUGAUACAUUAAUUUAUAAUAAUAAUAGUAAUAAUAAUAAUAAUAAUAGUAAUAAUAAUAAUACAGAACAAAAUCAACAACAAGAAGAAGAUGGGAUUAAAGAAGAUAAACAAUUACCGAAUGCAGUUUUUGAUGUUUUUAAAUUAAUGGGUAAAAUCAUAAUGGGAAAUGGCGAGAAUAUAACAUCUAUUACUUUGAAUCCAUAUAAAAGUAGUUAUUCAACUAGGAUAUUAAUUGGUACGGAUUUAGGUAAUGUUUAUCAUUAUAUAGUAUCAAUUGUAAAUAAUAAAGAAGUUGGGGUUGAUGGAGUUCCAACUAUACCUUCAAGUCAAGUAGUUUAUACAUUAGCAGUUUUUAGUUUUGGUAAUUGUUCAACAACAACAACAACAACAACAACAACAUCAAUAUCAACAACACCUUCAUCAAAUAAUGUAUCAACAACUACACCUUCAACAGUAAUAGGAGAUUCAACAAUAUCAGCAGCAAUAACAUCAAUAUCAUUAUGUUUUUAUCCAAUUCGUAAUAGUGAUAUUGAUAGUAGUAUAGUUUAUUUAGGAACAAGUGAUGCAAAUAUUAUGGUAUUAGAUUUACAAACUAUGAAAAUCAUAUCAUCAUUUAAAUUAUCAAAUAGUGGUAGUGGUGUUCAAGUUGGUUCAUUAUUAUUUACAAAUAAAAGAGGUGAUCCAAUUCAAUUCUUAUUCUUUGGUUCAAUUAAUCAUGAUGAUGCUGAAUCAAUUGAAAAUUUAAAUGAUAUAUCAACACUUUCAAAAAUAUUUAAUAAUGAUUUAUUAAAUUCAACAGGAAUUAACGGUAGUGGCAAUGGCAGUGGUGGUGGUGGUGGUGGUGGUGAAGAAUUUAAAUCAAUGAUUGAAGAAAUAUCAUUAAUAGUAUCAACAAUCAAAGAGAUCUCAAUUUAUAGUGUUUCAUUUGGUAGUAAUAAAAUAAUUCAACACAAGAGAUUAAAUAAACAUGACGGUUCAAAUAAAUAUUUUAUUGAUGGUUUAGUACAUUUAUCAACUCAAUCAGAUGGUAAACCUGUAUUAAUUUCAUUAGAUGCUUCAACUUCAUCAAUUGAAUUAUAUAAUACUAUAAAUUUAGAUAAAUUAAAAUCAAAUAGUUUAUUACCAAUAAUUAGAUUACCAACAUUAUGUUCUUCUUCCUCUUCUUCCUCUUCUUCAUUAAAUAAUAAUAUAAUUAAAUUUAUAAUUACACCAUCAUAUAGUAAUGGUUAUUUAUAUAUUGAUAAUAAUAAUAGUAGUUUAUUAUAUUGUAUUUCGAAUAAUGGUGGUCAUCAAUUAAAUCAAUAUCCAACAUUAUUUGUUGAUAAUAUUCCAAUGCCACCAUUACCAAAAGGUAAGAGUAAAUUUACAAGUUUCUUUUCAUCAAAACCAUCUCAACAAACUACUGAAUCAAAUUUGGAUAGAAUUUUCUCAGAGGAUGGAAAUAAAAUUCCAACACCAUCACAUUCACAACAAAUAGCAGGAAUUUCAGAUUUAUUAAAUAAAGCUAAAGAAGCUUUAGAGAAAAGAGGUGAUCAAUUAAAAGAGUUGGAAUUAAAAACAUCUGAAAUGGAGAUGAGUUCAAGAGCAUUCUCUCAAAUGGCAAAACAAUUAAGUAAAAAAUAA